AUGCCUCCAAUGCCACCAGGUCCAAUGCCGCCAGUUGCAAUUCCACCAGUUGCAAUUCCACCAAUUACAAUUCCACCAGUUACAAUUCCACCAGUUUCAAUUCCGCCAGUUUUAGCUCCACCAGCUCCGCCUGUUGUAGUACCACCAGUUUCAGUUCCACCGGCACCUGUUCCAACUCCUGGUCUUUUUGGUGAGUUAUGCUUUCUGGUAAAAAAUCAAUCCAAUCAUUCUCUACAGAUGCCACUCAGAGAGCCGCGGUAGAUGCUUGUCAAAAACGUUUGAAAGUACUUGGACUUCCACCAGGUCCAAAAAAGAUGGUCAAAAAAGAAACACCAUCGUCACUUGGAUGCCCUACAAAGAUUCAGACAAAUGUAUUUGGUUUGCAAUUGUUAAAAGACACAAUUAUCCACAGUUAUCUUGUGUAUAUCACUGUCGAUUUAUCGCCAACCAAAACAGCCGAAUUCACCAAAAAGGGAAAAGAGGAUUUCAUUGUUCUCGAUCGUCACGAGAAAUGUGUUUCGAUCUUCUACUCUGCCGUUGCAAACAACCCGGAAUUCUUCAAACUUAAUGGCGGAAACACGAUUGUUUAUGAUGGACAGAGUUUGUUGUUCACCACUGUUGAUUUGUUCCCAGGAAUCAAAGACAGAAAGCAGAAACGAAUCGUUUUCGAAGUGAAUGGCGCCAAUAUUGACAACCAAGAUUUGCAUCGAUUGGAAUCUAUCAAAGUCGAAAUUUAUGUUGGUGAUCGUCAUCGCAUCAAUUUCUCGACUGAAUAUUUAUUGACUCGCACUGCUGAUUCUAAUUUGGAGAACAUCGAUCGUUCCUUGUUUCAAUUCAUGGAACUCAUUUUCAAUCAAACGUGCAUCAGAGACUCGUUAGUUAUUUGAAUUUUAGAGUCAUAUGGGCCUAUGCAAAAAAUAUUUUGUAAUAAAAAAACAUAUUUUUCCUAUGCAGAACAACGUCGAAAAAACAAAAUAUACAGUUUAUUAUUUUUGAGUAGAGACAAUGUGAAAUUAAGAGAGUGCAGACAAAAAAAAUUAGUUUUUUUGUAUUUUUGUGCGAAAAAUCAAUUCGUCGGUCUGCACUCUCUCAAUUUCGCAUUGUCUCUACUCAAAAAUAAAUAUUUUGUUUUUUCGACGUUUUUCUGCAUAGGAAAAAUAAGUUUUUUUUUUAUUACAAAAUAUUAUUCUGCAUAGGCCCAAUAUAUUUCAAAAUAUUUCAGAAAACGUUUCGCCUGCUUUGAACACGGAAAAGUCUACAUCCUUAAUCCGCGAGAAAACGGCUUCAGUCCAAAUGAUACGAAAGAAGUUGGAGAUGGAAAAUAUUUGUUGCCCGGUUUGAAGAAGUCAAUCCACUUCGUUGAAGGACCAUUUGGAACAGGACACAAUAAUCCAGCGUUGGUGGUUGAUUCGAUGAAAGCCGCUUUUCACAUUCAUCAAACUGUUGCUGAGAAAAUCGCGUGCAUCAUGAAUCCAGCUGACCGUUUAGAUCGUAAUCGUCAAUCUCAACCACAUCGCCCACCGCCGGCUUACAAUGAUCUUGUUAGAUCUCCGGAAAAGGUUACGGCAAUUAUCAAAGGAUUGGAUGUCUACUCGAAUUACACUGGAAAGAUCCAACAUUUGAGAAUCGAAGGAAUACACUGCGACAAUGCCGAGCGCACCAAAUUUGAUCUUGGAGAUGGUGGAACUACCACAGUUGCCAAAUAUUAUGCUGAUAAAUAUGGGAUUCAUUUGAAGUGAGAAAUGUUUCUGUCAUUUGAAAUCUAAGCUUUCGAUUUUUCAGGUUGUCUCGUCUCAAUUUGCUCAUUUGCAAACAACGAGGAAACAAUAACUUCUUUCCGAUGGAAUUGAUGCAUGUUUCACCAAAUCAACGAGUCACCAUUCCACAACUCACCGCUCAACAAAGUGCUUUGACAACUAGAGAAUGUGCAGUUGUUCCAUUCGAUCGUCAACGACUUGUCAUGGGUGGAAUGACUGCAAUCGGAUUGAUCACUCGUGAAGGAACAAGAAAUGAGUUGUUGCACGAUAUUGGUAUCAAAAUAUUCACCGAUCCACUUCUUAUCAAUGCAAAAUUGUUACCAAAUCAAUCGGUGGUGUAUGGUGCGAAAGCUCCUGCGACAAUCGACCACGGACAUUGGAGAUCGACUGGACAUUAUCAACGAGUUGCACAAACACCAAAAGUUUGGGCCAUUUAUAUUAUAAAUGGCGCAAUGGGCAAUGGGUUCAACGAUGCCGAAGCUCUCAAUUUUGGACAACGAUUUGCUGCUGAAGCUGGAAGGAAAGGCAUCAGAUUUGGAGCUCCGGCUGAAUGUUUGGUCAUAUUGAAGGAUGAAGCCGAGGGUCGUAUUCGAUAUGCGGCUGAACAUAGUUGUGAAUACAUUCUGAUGGUCACGGACAGCAGCAUCACUGAUAUGCACAGUAUGUUCAAAUUGAUGGAACGUGAACUCGGAGUUGUUAUCCAAGAUCUCACUCAUCGAUUGGCCAAUAUGUUUGUACAAGGGAAAAAGGCAUCGAUGGAGAAUGUUAUCAACAAAUUGAAUGUCAAAUUGGGAGGAACCAACUACCAUGUUCAGGAAAAUUCCAUUUCCGAUGAUCAAUUGAUUCUUGGAGUUAGCUCACCAGUGGCUACAUCCUUGAUUUCACAUAUGCGAGACGGAAAAGGACUUUUGAAUCCGAUGUGUAUUGGAGUAAGUUUCACUUUCUUUUUUAAAAAGUAAAUAUGUAAUUACUUGUUUUUAGUAUUCAUCGAAUGUCUACAAUCCGCAAGAAUUCAUUGGUGAUUUCACCUUGACAGAUGCUGCCGGAGAUGUAUGUUUUGAUAAAUCUUUGUCAUGUGAAAAACAAAUAUUUUAAGGCACUUGUGUCGAUGGAGGAAAUCGUUGAAAAUGUGUUGAACGUUUGGACAGAAAAGAGAAAAGAACCACUUCGUCGUCUCAUCAUUUAUAGAGCAGCAUCAUCGGAAGGUGCAUAUGGAUCGAUUUUGGCUUAUGAAGUUCCAUUGAUUCGAAAUGCCAUGAAAGCGAAGGGCUUCGAGGAGACAAAAUUGAUCUAUAUCAUGGUCAACAAAGAUCACAACUUCCGUUUGUUCAAAUCAUUAGACGUGAGUUUUGUUAAUUUUUCACAAAUGAGCUGUUUUCUCGAAAAAUCCGAUUUAUCUCUGACGUAAAAAGUAAAGUAGAGUUAUCGAAAUCAACCGAUUCAUGCGUAAAAAUAAUUUUCAAAUGUUUUGCAGGGUUCAAACUCGAAUGGAAACGGCAAAUCUGAAGCGAUGAGCCGAACCACUUCGACAUCGUCGCCUUGGAAAGACGAUCCAAACAUUCCACCUGGAGUUUUGGUUGACGCCGAAAUAAUUCAUCCGUCGUUCAAACAAUUCUUCCUCAAUUCGCACAGAACUCUCCAAGGAAGCGCGAAAACACCAUUGUACACUGUAUUGGUCGACGAAUUCUACGCUGGAAUGUCGAAAUUGGAGUCGAUGACCUAUGCUUUGUGCUAUCACCAUCAAAUUGUCUCGUUGGUCACAUCGCUUCCAUCUCCAUUAUACGUUGCCAACGAAUAUGCGAAGAGAGGACGUGCUCUUUGGAUUCAAAAGACGUGAGCAGUUUUGGGGAAGGGUGGUUUUUGAACUAUAAAGUGCGUAUGAAAAUUUCCAAUUACUGGAUGUUUUUGUCAUUUUCAUAUUACGAAAAUUUAUGUGUUUUGCAAAAUUUAUGGUAGCUAUAUUUAAAAGCCAAUUGAAAAAAAAUGUCAAAAUAUCCCAGGUGAAAUUUUAGCAUCGAAAACGUAAAUAAAAAACUCAGGAAUUGAAAAUUUGACACCCAUGUGAAUGUUUCGAAAUGAGCAGUUUGUUUAUAGGUUGUUCGAAAAAAAAGUAUCCAAUUUCCCGCAACACUACUAUGUGUUAAUUGGAUUUUUUAUAGUGUCCAUUUUUACCCCCUAUUUUCAUCUCAUUUUUUGCAGCGGAGGAAUUGGACCAGUCAGAACGGACCAUGAUUCGGAUAAUGCUCGUGUCAAGGAAGCGACAAAAGAAUUGUCAUACCGCGAAACCAAAUUCGUCGAUCGACGCGUCAACGCCUAA